AACACACGUUAAACAUCUGUGUGUUUCAGGUAAGGAGGACCUGCUGUCCCAGAAGGACUACGAGUCGGCAUCUCUGAUGGAGAUCAGAGCCCUGAUGAGGAAGCACGAGGCAUUCGAGAGCGACCUUGCCGCUCAUCAGGACAGAGUGGAGCAGAUCGCUGCCAUCGCCCAGGAGCUGAAUGAGCUGGACUACCAUGAUGCUGCCUCAGUCAACGCCCGCUGCCAGGGCAUCUGUGACCAGUGGGACAACCUGGGCACCCUCACCCAGAAGAGGAGGGACGCACUGGAGCGUGUGGAGAAACUGUGGGAGACUAUUGACCAGCUGUACCUGGAGUUUGCCAAGAGGGCAGCGCCCUUCAACAACUGGAUGGAUGGAGCCAUGGAGGACCUGCAGGACAUGUUCAUUGUCCACAGCAUUGAGGAGAUUCAGGUACAGCACAGCCAGCAUCAUAUAUGCACGAAGACACUAUAUAUUUUCAGCCAGGGAUGUCCUGAUCAAGUGUUUUCGCCCCCGAUACAAGUCAGUUCAUACUGAGUAUCUGCUGAGUCC